AUGUAGAGCUCCUGCCGCCCGGCCUUUGACACUAGCUAGUUAAUUACCUUAGAGGUAGAGCUCGCUGAUAGCAGCAAUGGCCUCCCUUUCCUCUGCAGCCGUCACCGCCCCUUCCUUCGCCGCCGUCCGGGCGCCCUCCCGCGCCGUCCCCAGGAGGGCCUCCUCCUCUUUCACCGUGCGCGCCUCCCUCAGCAAGGUCGCCGGCACUGCCGCCGUGGCCGUGGCCGCCAGCGCCCUGCUGGCCGGCGGCGCCAUGGCGCAGGAGGUGCUGCUGGGCGCCAACGGAGGCGUCCUGGUCUUCGAGCCCAGCGAGUUCAGCGUCAAGGCCGGCGAAACCAUCACCUUCAAGAACAACGCCGGCUUCCCGCACAACGUCGUCUUCGACGACGACGAAGUGCCCAGCGGCGUCGAAGCCUCCAAGAUCUCGCAGGAGGAGUACCUCAACGCCCCAGGCGAGACCUACUCCGUCACCCUCACCGUCCCAGGCACGUACGGCUUCUACUGCGAGCCGCACCAAGGAGCGGGAAUGGUCGGCAAGAUCACCGUCAACUAGAUUCAAUCCACUCUUGUUUUAAUACUCCGGCCGGCGAUCCAAUCCAUCCGUUCCGACAAAUCACAUGAUGCAAGAUAUCGAGUCCGACACCUACAUAUAUCCAUUCGAGUUCGAGCCGCCGUAUCAGAGAUCUAUCGAUCGAUUAAGCGAGUAGCUUAUUAUUAUUUGCUUCCUUAAUUGUACUUACUGCCAUGCAUGCUUAAUCAUAUCAUGAGAUCAAUCAAUCUAUUUAUUCAUGUA